UUUCCUAACGGUCCUGUUUGGACCUCAGGAAGAAAAGCAAACUUGCGUUAUCCUCGCGCAUGGUUGCCGCGAAUUCAGCUCCCCAAAAUCGCGGGGGGAAAGUCGCACCAAAAUCCUGAAUAAGUUGGUGUUUUUCUUUGCGGUCUUUUCUUUCGGACCUUCCCCCAAGAAUCGAGACUUUGAGAAGGAGAAGAGAGAAAGAAAACCAUGGUGGCACUUCUUACCCGCCGAUUCUUCGAGACGCUUCUUUCUUUGCCUCGCAUUCUUCGCUUCGUGCAUUCCCCGUUUGGCUAUGGGUCCCGUCGACAUCUUGGUAACAGCUUCGCUAGAUCUGGAUCUUUGGCUGACAAUUUCACGAAAUCUUCGGAUCUUAUCCGUUCCAGGUUCGCUAGAGAUCGGUUGGGCAAUGUGUUUACUGUGCUGGGACUGGGGCUUGGACUUGGUCUCCCGUCGUCUCCGGUGCUCGCGAACUCGGAGGAGGGCGAGAGCUCGAAGGGUCGGCAAGAAAUGAGGGAGAAUUCGAGCGAGGAAGGUCCACGGCGAGGCUUGGCCGUUCUUCUCGACGAGCCGGGGGAGGGGGAACCGGGAUCCGAUCUAUCGUUGCACAAGAGUUCGAAGUUGGACGCUGCGGUAGCCAACGGUGGCGAUCUGGGGAGUUCCUGCGUACCCGCGGCGAAGAGUCUGGGGUUUCGGAAGUUCAAGAUCUUCAUCGGGUACGAUCCCCGAGAGGACCUGGCCUUCGAGGUGUGCCGGUACUCGAUCCUGAAGCGUUCCUCUAUUCCGGUAGAGAUCUCUCCGAUAGUGCAGUCCGAUCUGCGGAACAGGAAUCUGUAUUGGCGGGAGAGGGGGCCGACGGAGAGCACGGACUUCUCUUUCACUAGGUUUCUCACUCCGUUCCUUGCUGGGUUCGACGGCUGGGCUCUCUUCGUCGACUGCGAUUUCCUCUACACGACGGACAUCAAGGAAUUGGUGGAAUUGACCGACGACAAGUACGCGGUGAUGUGCGUUCAGCACGACUACGCGCCCAAGGAGACGACGAAGAUGGACGGAGCGAUCCAAACGACCUACCCGAGGAAGAAUUGGUCGUCCAUGGUUCUCUACAAUUGCGGGCACCCGAAUAAUCGAAUUCUUACGCCCGAAGUGGUGAACAGCCAAACUGGAGCCUUUCUGCACAGAUUCACGUGGCUCGAAGAUAGCGACAUAGGCAACAUUCCGUUCGUCUGGAACUUCCUUGUUGGGCACAAUCGAGUCGUCGAGGACGAUCCUGAGACUUUCCCCAAAGCCAUUCACUAUACGCUAGGGGGGCCUUGGUUUGAGAGGUGGAAGGAUUGUGAGUUUGCUGACCUCUGGGUGAAGGAAAUGGAGGAAUACCAGGCAAGCAAAUGUGGUGGCCUGAAGGCCAACUUGGUAGAGCCUGUGGUUUGAGAAGCGUGUAAGUGCAAGUUUCUCGAUCAAUGGCAAUUGCCGGACAUGGCAUCUACAGGACCGUUCUGUUAAUUCUCCCGCCCUUUUGUUACUGUUCAUGAUCUUGCAGCAGAAUUUGUCCAUUGAAAACUCGGAGAUGGUGCUCAGUUUUUGUCAAGUGGACAUGUAGUCAUAGAGGUUAAUCUGUAAGCUUUUCAUUAUUUUUUCAUGAUUCGAUUCUUUAUGUACAUUGUCCGAGCGAUUUUGUUCCUCCCCGUCUGUCUGGUGUUAAGUCACUGCUCCUGCUAGUAGGAUUAUUGUUGCAGGUACUUGAUCAUUCUAUGUAACCUAAGGAGGCAUCGAUGCUGGUGGUGGCAAUAUUUAUUUUCAGGAUCUUCUCUGCCUCGUUGAAUCAAAAUUUGUUAUUGGAGAAAAGAUAAUGACAUGAAUCGAUGAAGGAAGGGGCCUGAUCUGAUCUCAAUCUGAAUGGUUCACCUCAUAUGCUGCGUUCCAGGGUCUUUUGGUUCUACUGGAUCUUAGGAAGGUAAUCUGCAGAAGCACUGUGGAGUUAUCCGUUGCUUUAUAGCUGAAGAGAAUCUCGCUCAAUUGCCUUGCAAGUGCUUGGCCUAAUAGCCGUAACCCAUUCGGCCAAGCCAUUCGAAUGAUACGAUCUUUCCUAAAGUUAUCUUGGA